AUGCCUACCGCAGAAGCAGACCUCUCGCCCUUGACCACAAUCGACACUCGCGGCUCCAUCUCCGCCAUACCACUGCACGAAGUCGAGCCUAGCCCGGUCGACGACGACGACGACAAGGUCAACACCACCGAAUACCAGUGGAGGAGCAACGGCGACAAUGGCCUCGAUGUGUCCGACACUCCAGUGUCAACAAACCCAUCCGACAUUGACGUGGAGAAACUUCCCUUCUCGACCAGAACGACAACGAAUUUCCUCGGCCUCGCGCCCGCGCGAACACUACACAUACUCUCGGCGGUGCAGAAAUAUACUACAUUCCCCCCAACACUCUUUCUCGCCAUGCACUACACAAACACCGCCUUGAUCCCGCUGGUGACGCGCAACGUGCGCGAGGCCGACAGCUACCUCUUGCUCACGCGGCCAUACUACCAGUCCUUCCCGCUCGAACCGCUGCUGGUAUUCGCGCCGGUCGCGCUCCACGUCGCGUCGGGCAUCGCGCUGCGGAUUUAUAGACGCCGCAUCAUCGCGAAACGCCACGGCGCCGAAACCCAUGCCCAGCGCAAAUCCGUCCCCUGGCCCAAGGUCUCGCUGACCUCGGCGCUCGGCUACCUCUUGUACCCGCUGCUUGUGGGCCAUGUGCUGGUGAUGCGUAUCACGCCGAACAAGGUCGACGGCAGCUCGGCCGGUGUUGGGCUGCGCUACUUUGCGCACGGAAUCGCGCAUAACCCGCUGAUUGGGAAUUUGGGCUAUGCCACCUUCGUGACCAUCGCGAGCUGGCACUUCGUCACGGGCGCCGCCAAGUAUCUCAAGCUCUCGCGGGAUUAUAUCACCGAAGGAGGCCACGACGGCACCCUGAGGCGGAAGUGGCGGUCGAGAUUCAUCAAUGCAGUUGCUGCCACCGUCGCCGCUGUAUGGAUUGCUGGAGGCUUAGGCGUCGUCGGUCGCGCCGGCACAGGCACAGGCUGGGAAGCCAAGAACUGGGACAAAAUCUAUGAAGCGGUGCCGCUUGUUGGGGCCAUGUUCAGAUAA